GCGGGAGCCGGGCCCGGGGCCGCGCAGGGGGAGCGGGGAGCGGAGCUGCCCCAGCGGGGCGGCUGCGGGCAGGAAGGUGCCGCACUGCCGCUUGCGCCUGAGCCGAAGCAUCCCGAGCCUUUUCGAGGGAGGUCGAAACUCCGGGUGUGGGGUGGUUUUUUCUCCCCCUGCCCGUCAGCCGGUGCGCGUUGUUCGUGCCCUCGGUGCGAGCGGAGCCUCGGCGGGCACGGCUGCCCGGCGGCCGAGCGCUGUUGCUGUUCCCGCAGCGCCGGGGCCGCUCGCUCCCGCUGUCCAGCACCGAGCGGCACCGCGCCGGCUGAGGCGGGUCCCGGCGGGUCCCCGGCGGGUUUGGGAAGCUGCUGUGCGCCCUGGAACAGGUCCCGCCGUGCCUCGCCCGUGCUGCUGCUCCGAGGGGGCAUCUUCAGCGGUUUGCCUGUCCUGUGCUGUAACCAGGGGCGUUCGAUUUUCACAAGCGUUUAACCGAGGGGCUUUUCUCAGCAUGCAGUCCCUUUAGAUUCGGGCGUGAUCACCAACCACAUCUUCCGCAUUGGACAAUCGGCUUCUAUUUCCGUGUCUUCUUCCUGCUUUUUUCAGGAAUGCAAAGAAAACCCAAUUACCUAGCAAGAAGGUGAAGCUGACAUCUGACUCUCUGGGGCUUAUUCCUUCAAGAAGAUCAGGUUCUGAAGGAUAUAAUCUUAAAUUGUCCUGGGCUUGAGCAGUAAAGGAUAAAUUCAUUCACUGGCUGACUUGUCAUCUCACCAUUGUGAUGGAAAAAUGUUCGCUUUAAAGAAACCCUUUUCCUGCUACUAAAACUGCCCUUGAAAUACAAGAUCUGUUGUGAUUUUUAAAACACAAACCCAGUAAUGUCAGAACCCGACCCUUCAUCUGGAUUUGUGGGAAACAUGGAAAACGGGACUUUUCUGGAGCUGUAUCCCACCUCCCUUUCAACUUCAGUGGAUUCAUCACCUGGCCGUUUAUCCAACGUCUAUGUCUAUGUUUCUAUAUUCCUUAGUCUCUUAGCUUUUCUCCUUUUGCUACUGAUCAUUGCACUUCAGAGGCUGAAAAACAUAAUUUCUUCCAGUUCCUCAUACCCUGAAUACAAUAGCGAUGCUGGAAGUUCGUUCACUAAUUUAGAGGUUUGCAGUAUUUCUUCCCAGCGCUCUGCUCUCUCAAACCUUUCUUCAUGAAAAUAAAUGAAAGGAAACAUACAAGGAAUGGAAGAGCUUUGUCUAGUUUCUUGGGAAGGUAGUGCAUGUAACAUUUGCCUUAGGAGACUAUUAUCAAGAGGUGUUUUUAAAAGUUUCCUCAUCUUUUUUCCCCUUUCCUUUUCUAGUCUCCAUUUCCCCUUUAACUAAUUUUCAUUUUGGACAACGGAUAAUGACACCUGACCAUCAUUUCUUGCCUGUAAUAGUGAUGCUGUCUCUUUCUCAUACAUAUAUGGUGUUCAUUAAGAGUAUUCCUGCCAAAUUGUAACACAGUUCUAACGGGAUGUGUCAUUUUUCUGCUCUAGUUGUGACCCCUUCCCUGGUCUUGUGUCAGCAAUAUGCUGACUACUUUUCUUUUCCUUUUUUAAUUAUAUAAGGACUUCUGGAUGAAAUCCCUAUUGCUAAAGUACAAAAAAAUCCACUUAAGUUAUAAAUAUUGGGACAAUUUAAAAUUGCUGAUACUGUUUCCUUUUUUUCUUUUUAAUUUUCACAUAUUUUUCAGUAUUUAUUGAUGUUUAUAAACACAACUAAUUCUUGAAGAAUGUUGAUUUUUUUUAUUUGUACUCCCAACUCAUUCUGUACAAAGUCUGUAUUUCAGUUUUUGAGUCUCUUUGGUUAACUUAGUAAAGUGACUACAAUAACGAUG